UCAGCAAGCAAACCUUCGUCCUUUUGUACGUGAUAUGUGUGAAAAAAAGCAAGUCAGCAAGCUUUUAGAAUUUCCAUUUAUAAAUUUUCGGCGUGAUUUUGAAACUAUAUUGGAGUUCCAUGCACGUAACCAUGAUAUAAAAGAAUCACCAAACUAUUCAAAAAUAUGCUAUACUUAUUAUUUAUCUCGGCAACAGAAUAGAGAUG